UUAUCUCAUCCAUCCAAACAGACAGACUUGGUCUGCCCCUGAGACCACUGGACUUGUGGGAUACCCAAGUGGAGAGGCACAAUCCUGCUGGGACUGUCGUGCAACAGGCCCCUCUGGGAAAGGCUUCCUUUAUGUUUCAGCAUCCAAUGGUGCCAUGGCUGCGAGGCUGGACAGAGUGGGGCAGACUCCAGUCUUACCCGAGACUCUUCUGAUCCUCUCCCUGCUGGUUCCUGUCUUCUGCAUCUUUUGUCUGCAGACAGUGGUUGCCCAAGGUCAAGGAUCUCGACUUCGCCAGGAGGACUCUCCUCCGCGGAUAGUGGAGCACCCCUCUGACCUGAUCGUGUCCAAGGGGGAGCCGGCCACCCUCAACUGCAAGGCGGAGGGCCGGCCCACCCCCACGGUCGAGUGGUACAAGGACGGCGAGCGUGUGGAGACAGACAAGGACGACCCGCGUUCCCACCGCAUGCUGCUGCCCAGCGGCUCGCUCUUCUUCCUGCGCAUCGUCCACGGCCGCCGCAGCAAGCCCGACGAGGGAGCGUACGUGUGCGUGGCCAGAAACUACCUGGGGGAGGCCGUCAGUCGCAACGCUUCGCUGGAAGUAGCCUUACUGCGGGAUGACUUCAGGCAGAACCCCACGGACGUGGUAGUGGCGGCGGGAGAACCGGCCAUCCUGGAGUGUGUCCCGCCCCGUGGUCACCCAGAGCCCACCAUCUACUGGAAGAAGGACAAAGUGCGCAUCGAUGAGAAGGAUGACCGGAUUAAGAUUCGAGGAGGGAAGCUGAUGAUCUCCAACACCCGUAAGAAUGACGCUGGCAUGUACGUGUGCGUGGGCACCAACAUGGUGGGCGAAAGGGACAGCGAGACGGCCCAGCUCACCGUGUUUGAGCGGCCCACGUUCCUGCGGCGGCCCAUCAACCAGGUGAUUCUGGAGGAGGAGUCGGUGGAGUUCCGCUGCCAGGUGCAGGGAGACCCGCAGCCGUCCGUCCGCUGGAGGAAGGACGACGUGGACAUCCCGCGCGGGAGGUACGACGUCAAGUUUGACAAAGAGGACUACCUGCUGAGGAUCAAGAAGGCGUCAGCGGGCGAUGAGGGCACGUUCACCUGCGUGGCGGAGAACCGUGUGGGCAAGGUGGAGGCAUCGGCCACGCUCACCGUCAGGGCUCGCCCCGUGGCUCCUCCCCAGUUUGUGAUCCGGCCGCGGGACCAGAUCGUGGCUCAGGGACGCACGGCCACCUUCCCCUGCGAGACCAAGGGGAACCCCCAGCCGGCAGUCUUCUGGCAGAAGGACGGGAGCCAGAACCUGCUGUUUCCUAACCAGCCUCAGCAGCCUGACAGUCGUUUCUCGGUGUCUCCGGGUGGUGACCUUACCAUCACGGCGGUGCAGCGCGCCGAUGCCGGCUACUACAUAUGCCAGGCGCUCACCGUGGCCGGCAGCAUCCUGGCCAAGGCCCAGCUAGAGGUCACAGAUGUUCUGACAGACCGGCCUCCGCCCAUCAUCCGCCAAGGGCCGGCCAAUCAGACGCUGGGCGUGGACAGCGUGGCGCUGCUGAAGUGCCAGGCGUCUGGGGACCCCAUCCCCAACAUCAGCUGGCUGAAGGACGGGGUCAGUCUCCUGGGCAAGGACUCGCGCAUGUCCCUGCAGGAGCUGGGCAGCCUGCAAAUCAAAAACAUCCGUCUCUCAGAUUCUGGCAUUUACACCUGUGUGGCUGCCAGCUCUAGCGGAGAGACAUCUUGGAGUGCUUUCCUUGAAGUAAAGGAGGGCGGAGGGAUGAUGGUGCUCAAGAACCAGGAUGAGAACGAGCUGCCCGGCCCACCCUCCAAACCCCAGGUGACCGACGUCACCAAGAACAGCGUGUCCCUUUCCUGGCAGCCCGGCCUGGCUGGGGGGUCGCCAGUCUCCUCCUACGUCAUCGAGGCCUUCAGCCAAUCGGUGAGCAACAGCUGGCAGACCGUGGCAGACCAUGUGAAGACGACACAGUUCACAGUGAAAAGCCUGCGACCCAACACCAUCUAUCUCUUCAUGGUGCGCGCUGUCAACAGCUACGGUCUGAGUGACCCAAGCCCCAUGUCAGAGCCUGUCCGCACACAAGACAUAAGCCCCCCAGCGCAGGGCGUGGACCAUCGCCAUGUCCAGAAGGAACUGGGCGAGGUCAUUGUGCGGCUUCACAACCCUGUGGUCCUCAGCCCCACCACCAUACAAGUCACAUGGACGGUGGACCGCCAGUCGCAGUUCAUUCAGGGUUACCGGGUUCUGUACAGGCAGACGUCAGGGCUACCUUCGCCGGGGCCUUGGCAGAGUCAGGACGUGAAGAUCCCCUCCGAGCGGAGCGUGGUGCUGGCCCAGCUUAAGAAGGGCAUUGUCUUCGAGAUCAAAGUCAGGCCCUACUUCAACGAGUUCCAGGGCAUGGACAGUGAAUCCAGGACGGCACGCACCACAGAGGAAGCUCCGAGUGCUCCCCCCCAGCAGGUGACAGUUCUGACGGUGGGGAACCAGAACAGCACCUCCAUCAGCAUCUCCUGGGAUCCCCCUCCUCCCGACCAUCAGAAUGGCAUCAUCCAGGAGUACAAAAUCUGGUGUUUGGGAAACGAGACGCGCUUCCACGUGAAUAAGACGGUGGAUGCGGCCAUCCGCUCGGUGGUGGUCGGGGGGCUGCAGGGCGGGGUGCUGUACCGCGUGGAGGUUGCGGCCAGCACCAGUGCCGGGGUGGGCGUCCACAGUGAACCCCAGUCCAUCGUCAUCGGUGAGAGGCUACAACACGGUAAGGACUUCCGGGACGUGAUAGUGACAGGCGGCAGGAACAACAGCAUCACGGAACAGAUCACGGACGUGGUCAAGCAGCCAGCCUUUAUCGCGGGCAUCGGAGGUGCCUGCUGGGUCAUCCUCAUGGGCUUCAGCAUCUGGCUGUACUGGAGGAGGAAGAAGAGAAAGGGUCUCAGCAACUACGCAGUCACGUUCCAGAGAGUCGACGGCGGUCUGAUGAGCAACGGAAGCCGACCUGGUCUGCUGAAUGCAAGUGACCCGGGCUACCCAUGGCUGGCUGACUCACUGGCCCUGCUUGGAGCCUGCACCCGUGAACAGCGGCUUCAGGGGACCCUAACCCACCUGGGCAACCUCGGGUCGGGAGACCCCUCUGGUCAGGCAGACAAGACGGGCACCAUGAUGUCGGACGGCGCCAUCUACAGCAGCAUCGACUUCACCACCAAGGCCAGCUUCAACAGCCCCGGGCAGGGCUCCCAGGCCACGCCCUACGCCACCACGCAGAUCCUGCACUCCAACAGCAUCCACGAGCUGGCCGUGGACCUGCCUGAUGGCCAGUGGAAGACCUCGCUGCAGGCCAAGCAGGAGAUGGCCAACCUGGGCUACUCGUUGCCCGACAAAAACUCCUGCAACAACAGUGGCAAAGGAGGGAAAAAGAAGAAGACCAAAGGUGGUGCCAAGCCCUCCAAAGCCAACGGCUCCAGCUGGGCCAAUGUGCCGCUGCCCCCACCCCCGGUCCACCCACUGCCCGGCACCGACAUGGACCACUACCCCGGAGACCAUCACGAAGGAGUAGGCUAUGAGAGCGAUGGCUGGGGGCCUCCGCUGCCGAUGCAGACCUACCUGCACCAGGGCAUGGAGGACGAGCUGGAGGAGGAGGAGGAGCGCGUGCCGACCCCACCGGUGCGCGGCGUGGCCUCGUCGCCCGCGGCCGUGUCGUUCGGACAGCAAUCCACGGCCACGCUGACGCCGUCGCCGCGCGAGGAGAUGCAGCCCAUGCUGCAGGCCCACCUGGACGAGAUCACCCGCGCCUACCAGAUGGACAUGGCCAAGCAGACGUGGCACAUGCAGGGCAGCCCAUAUCCCCCUCAGGCCCCUGCUCCCCCAGUCGGCUACGUGUCCAGCGCGCUCGUGUCUGACCUGGAGACCGACAUCCCAGAUGAAGACGAGGACGAUGAGGAGGAUGAGGAGGAGGGCUACGAGAUGUCCCGACCCCUUCGUGGCGUGGAGCACACCCCGGGGUCCAGCAUGGACAACCUGGACAGCUCUGUCACUGGGUCCAUGGUGAAUGGCUGGGGCUCGGCCUCUGAGGAGGAUGACCGCAACUUCUCCAGCCGCCGGUCGAGCAUGGGGAGCUCGUCCGACGGCUCCAUCUUCGCCCACUGCAGCUUCGCCCAGGCCCUGGUGGCGGCGGCCGACAAGGCCGGCUACCGGGUGGAGGGCACCAGCAUGACCAAGCCAGGUAAAGGCCUGAGCCAUCGGCCGCGUCCCAGCAGCCCCUUCUCCACGGACGGCAGCACCGUGGGCACACACAGCCUGGGCCACCAGAGGGCGCCGCGACCGGCCCGCAAACACAGAGGUCUGGGCACGGUGCCCCACCGCCGAGACGCCAGCGCCGACGACCUACCUCCACCUCCGGAGCCUCCGCCCUCCUGCCAGGGCGUGCGCAUGCAGGGGGCCCGCAGCGUGGGGAGCGUGGGCAGUCCGGCCGAGCGCAAGGCCACCUCCCUGGAGCGCCAGCAGAUGGCCGGCGCUGGCGGGCUGGACGAGGUGAAGAGCUCACUGGAGCGGCCCACCCGCACCUCGCUGGAGCGACACCGGCAGGCCCAGGAACGGCUGGGCUCCACGGAGCGUGCUCAGAAGAACGGACCCGUCUCAGAAGAAGCCAUGCCACCCUACAGCAAACCCUCCUUCCCCUCCCCGGGUGGUCACAGCUCCUCGGGCACCGUCUCCUCCAAGGGCUCCACGGGGCCCCGCAAGGGAGAGGGCCAGAGGGGCCAGCCACAGCAGCAGCGGGGGGCCACAGAGCACUCAGACGGGAACAACUUCCUGGGGACAAACGGCCAACCACAGUACUCUGGGGAAUUAUAGUGACCUGAGGAUGCUGAAGCAGGAGUAUGCCAUGUCUGUCCUCACUUACACGUUUCCUCUGUUCUGUGGGAAACUUGGACUUCAUCCGUCACUAUGUCUCACCACAAGGAGAGGAGAGGAAAGACGAAGAUGAGGGCGACAGCGGGAAAACAUUGUGGCAAAUCUGUAAAUGUCCAUGGAAAGACAGACCACACAACGUUGAUUUGACAUUUUUAUCCUUUCAAGAAGUUAUCUCCCACCUUCCACCUUAAAAAAAAACUGACUUUUUUUGUGAGAAGACUUAAAAAAAAAAAGUAAUGAAACAAAAGAAUGGAAGAUAUCCAUCCAGAUUGCUAAAGUACGGAGAGCAAAAGGGAUUUUUCCUGUAAAUAUGUUCUUAACAUUGUUUUUGCAUUGCUAUGCAAGCCAUUUUCUGUUCAACCUUUUCUUGUUUUGUUUUUAAUUUCUCAUACUGUUGGUUUCAUCAGAUUAUCUGUACUAUAUGUGAAUGGAAAGGCUGUCGUGCCAUAAAGUAAUUAUUUUAUGAUCCUCCAUGUGUUAAUAAUUACCAUUGAUUAAUUGUUGCUAUUAUGAUUAUGAUUAUUAUUAUUAAUUAUUAUUAUUUUUUGCACUGCAAUUUUGGUGAUAAGCACAAAAAGCAUAGCUCCUGCUGACAUGAAGAAGCUGAUCGGGGAUCUGUGAAGUGGAGAUUUCUGUACUGUAAACUAAGAGAUAAGAAGAUAUAUACAGUAGCAAUGUACAGAGAGAUAUUAACUAAGUAGUCACGGGGCCCAGGGCCGGGGGGCUGCACACAGUAAACAGGUGUUGGCCCUGCGUGUGUGUGUGUGCGUGUGUGUGCGUGUGUGUGUGUGUGUGUGUGUGUGUGUGUAAGUGUUCGUGCAUUUGUAACCAUGGUGGAGAUUUCUCCCUCUGAUGGGGGAUUAGGCAGUAUUUGAUGGUGGCUGUAUGUAUGUGUGUGU